AUGUCAUCAUCUGAUCAAGAAUCUCAACAAAAACCUCAAAUGUGUGGUUUUCGUGCUCCACGACAUGUUUAUUCAUGUAUAAUUAAAAAUAAAACAAAUGAAGAAUUGUCCGUUAUUAUUGAAUAUGCUGGUAUUAAUGAGACACAUUCCGAGACAAUGGAUGUUACACUUGCAAAAGAUGAUGAACAAAAAAUAAAUGAAAAAACAUUUGAUCAUGAAAAUGAUAGUGGUUGUUUAGGACGAAAAACUGUUCAUAAAAUUCAUGUUAAAAAAUUUUCGGGUAAAACAAUGGAAUUACAAGAGCCAUUUGAAGGUGUUACAAGUCCCGUUCAAGAUUGGGAAUUUCUUAUUUAUGAUAAUGAAAUUAAAUCACAAAAUCCAUCAGAAAAAUAA